GCCAAGCAAGGCCUUCCAGCUCCCGUGGUCAUCCUUUUCUGUCGUUUGGUCUGCAAAUUGGUUCUUGCCCGCGUUGAUCAUGCAGUUUGCGCUGAGCACGUGCAGCGGCACAUCCUCAUGUUGGCGCCAGCCAUCCUGUCCCUUGUGGACUCCUUUGUCGACUUGGUUCUUCGCAGAGAGCUGCAAGAGGCAAGCCCUUCGUACCACUUAUCCGCAGUUCAGGCCGUGCUGGAUGCCGUUUUGGCACUCGUCGGUCUGGGUGGAGUCUUUGGUGGCGGCACAGUUCCUCGGGACUUCGUCGAGGGACUGGUAGCUCGUUUCGAGUGCGACGUCCACCCAGCUGUGCUUGCGCGCUUGUCUUUGUGCCACCUGGGCCUUGCCAUCCCUGUCGGAGCAGAACUCUUGCGGCGCUUCCAGGGCCUGGAGCCUCCCGACCAGGCCGUCUUUUGGCAGCAGGCGAAGGCGCGGAGCCGCUUGCUCUUCAGCGAUGUGCAAGAUGUGCAAAAGCAGCUACAGCACCUGCAGGAUGCCGGCUUCGAAGGCUUCGAAUGGAGCCAGGAGAUGCCUCAGCAGACCGGGCAAUGCGAUGAGCAAUUUCCAAGCUUGCCCCCGCUGCAGGAUGCGAGCCCGCUGUCGGAGAUGCCGUUCGAGGAGCCAGCUGGCUCGAUACAGUGCUCCUUCGAGGCAGAGAUAAAACAUCCCAGCUUCUUGGGAGUGCUGGACCUGCCGGCCCUGCCCCUGCCGGCUCCAGCCGCCCGGCACCCGAAGCCGAGUCGAAAGCAUCUGGGCCGCGGCGACAUUGCCCGCCUGCGCGGCGUUGACCCGAAGGAUGCGCCAGAGGAAUUGCGAUGUGCAAUCGAUGGCAAGCUGAUGGCGGCGGCUCAGACAUGCUCCGCUGGCAUCUCCUUAUGGCCACAUCUUUGA